CCCUCAGCGGCAUUUGGAGGGUUGUAGCCGUGGCGGCUCUUCGGGUCGUCUCCUCCUCCUUCUCCUCGUCCUUCGCGGCCUCGUCCUGACCCGGCCCGGCGCCUUUCGGACCCAUUGAGGAUGAGUUUCCCGGCCCUCCAACGCGCGUCCUUCUGUGACCGUUCUAGCUCCUUCAACUAGCGACUGGUCUCUCUUGCAAUUAUGGCUAUUUGAAAGACCUAGAACGAGUGGAGGGGGAGCUCCCCUCCCCCUUCCGUGUGUUGCUUUUUGGAGUCAUAUUUUUUUCUGGACAGUAAUAAUAUAUUUUGUAGAUUUAAAACGAGGAAAUGAACUCUGAAUUUAUAUCGAUAAAGUUAUUUAUUUUUUUAAAUAUCAAGCCUUAAUAGCACAAAGAUUCUCAUGGAAGCUGGUCGAAAGGUGGAAAUCAUGAACCUCUUGUGAAGAAAGAACAAAGGGAAAAUUUGCAGGGCCUUGUCUUGCAUAAAUGAACAGUUCAGCAGGGAAUAAGAUGAGUUCUUUGGUGCCUGAUUGUACCUCAAAGUGUCGCUCAUUACAGCAUGCUUUAGAUAUUGUUUCCGUAGUGACCCGGGGAAGUGAAGGUCAGAUCAAAGCCUUCCUCACUUCUCACUGCUAUAAUGCCGCAACAAGCAAGGAUACGUUUGGCAGGAAUGCCCUCCAUAUUGCCUCCUCUUGUGGUAAAAAAGGAGUGCUAGACUGGUUGGCAGAAACAAAUGGAGUGGAUUUGUUGGCAAAAGACAAGGAGUCAGGAUGGACAGCUUUGCAUCGUGGCAUUUUCUAUGGCCAUAUAGAUUGUGCAUGGUCAUUACUAAAGCACGGUGUGAAUUUGUAUGUUCAGGAUAAAGAAGGCUUGUCUGCUUUGGAUCUUGUUAUGAAAGACAGGCCAGCCUUUGUUACCUUCAAGAAUACAGAUCCCACAGAUGUCUAUACCUGGGGAAACAACAUCAAUUUUACUUUAGGCCAUGGUGGUCAGCAGAGUAGACAUCAUCCUGAAUUGGUGGAUCUCUUUCCUCGAAAUGGGAUUUAUAUUAAACAGGUGGUACUCUGCAAAUUUCAUUCGGUGUUCCUUUCCCAGAAAGGACAGGUUUAUACCUGUGGGCAUGGUCAAGGAGGUCGCUUGGGGCAUGGUGACGAACAGACUUGCUUGAUUCCUAGACUGGUAGAAAGCUUGGUGGGUCAUCAGUGUUCUCAAGUGGCAGCAGCUAAAGAUCAUACACUUGUACUAACAGAAGAUGGAUGUCUAUAUGCCUUUGGCAUCAAUACUUUUCAUCAGCUUGGUAUACAUCCUCCUCCUCCUAACUGCAGUGUUCCCAGACAGAUACAAGCAAAAAAUCUUAAGGGAAGGACAGUGAUUGGUGUGGCUGCAGGGAGAUUCCAUUCAGUAUUAUGGACCAAAGAAGCAGUCUAUACAAUGGGACUGAAUGGUGGACAAUUAGGAUACUUGCUAGAUCCUAAUGGAGAGAAGUGUGUAACUUCUCCUCGCCAAGUCUCUGCUCUACAUCAUAAGGACAUCAGUAUGUCCUUUGUCACUGCAAGUGAUGGUGCCACAGUUUGUGUUACUGAAAAAGGAGACAUCUAUUUGCUUAGUGACUAUCAGUGCAAGAAGAUUGCUUCCAAGCAACUUAACCUAAAAAAGGUUCUUGUAAGUGGAGGCCAUUUGGAUUACAGGGUGAAUCCUCAACAUCUUAAAGAAAACGGAGGUCUGAGGAUUUAUAUUCUUGCACUGGAUCAAGCUGGAAGAGUGUUGUGCUGGAAAUCUGCCAAUAGUCCAAUGAGGCAGUGUCGAUGGAUCUAUGGUCGCCAAGUGUAUAUGUCUGAUGUUUUUCUAAAUAGGAAUGAAAUUAUGUUUGUUACACAGGAUGGUGAAGCUUUUAAGGGAAAAUGGAUGGAUGGGAACAGACAUUCAGAAAAGAGAGAUAUGGUGUCAAAUCUUCAGAAUUCUUCAAGUGAUAUCUCAUCCUAUGAUGCAAACAAUACAUAUGAACGAAUACAACUUGAGAAACUUGCUUUUGUGCAUAGAGCAGUCAGUAUUACGACAGAUCCUAAUGGAUAUAAUUUUGCUGUUUUACAGUCAGAUCCCAAAACAAGUUUGUAUGAAAUUCCAAAUGUGUCAAGCUCCACCAUUACUGAAGAUUUUGGAAAGUUGUUGAGAGAAGCUGAAGUUAUGGACACUAUCCAUGAUGUUACUUUUCAGGUUGGCACUCGGACUUUUCCUGUGCACAAAUACAUGUUGGCAAUGCGCUCUGAUUUUUUCCGGAAACUCUUUGUAUCAGACCCAAACUGGUUAGAUUCUGCUGACCUGUAUCGUAAAGAUAAAGACGAAGUUGGUUGUGAUCUGUUCGUGAUGGAGAAACUUCAUCCAGACCUGUUUAUGUACCUUCUCCAGUACAUUUAUACAGACUCAUGUGAUCUGCUGAUUCAUGGCUACAGGCCCAGAAUGAUGUACAAAGAAAGAGUGGAAGAGAAUGAAGACAACUUAAUUACAAGCUUGAAUAAAAUGGCUGUUCAUGGGGACGUUAAUAACAAGUCUGCAUUUGCGGUUUAUAGACGCAACCAAGUGCAGAUGAUGAAUGAAAAACAGAGAAGUAAAUCAAAAUCCACUUCUAAAAAAUGCAAAGAUGUUGGAGAAGAAAUGAAUCUCGUUAAAAUGUUGCAAAUUGCUGCAAAGAAAUUUGGUCUUAGUAAUUUAAGUUCAAGGCUAGAUGGAAUCAGGAUAGAAAAUGGAAGAGUUAAUGUUGUGAACAGAAAAAAUGGCAACAAACCAAAGUUCAGUCAGAAAAAAUGUUCACACCUUUGUGAUGUGACUAUCAAGUCUAAAGAUGGAAAGGAAUUCCCAUGCCACAAAUGUGUGCUCUGUGCCAAACUUGACUACUUUCACAGCAUGCUGAGCAACUCCUGGAUUGAGGCAUCAUGUUGUUCAUCUCUAGAGUUGCCGUUCCCAUCUGAAAUCCUGCAGGUCAUCCUGGAUUAUAUUUACGCAGAUGAAGCCGUUGCAGUAAAUGAAUCUCAAAAUGUGGAAUUCAUCUGCAAUGUUCUAGUGGUGGCAGACCAGCUCCUUAUGUUACGAUUAAAAGAAAUUUGUGAAGUAGCCAUUACAGAAAAAUUGACUUUAAAGAAUGCUGCUGAGCUCCUGGAAUUUUCAGCCACAUAUAAUGCUGAACAGCUAAAACAGUCCUGCUUGCAGUUCAUUGUAUUAAACAUGGCAGCCAUACUUGAAACACGAGUUCUGGAUGUUCUAAGUGAUGAAGUUUUGAAAGAUCUUUCUACCUCUUACAGAAAAAUGAUUCCUGCUAUGGAGCGCAGAUUAAUUACUCCAUACCAAGAUGGUCCUGAUAUUAGUUCUCUGGAGCCUGAGGAAGGAGAAACCUUUGUCUUCCUAAAAGAGGAGCGGAGUACAGAGCAAGCUUUGCAAGAAGCACUCCUCAAGAAAGCUAAAGCAAAGGCUAAAAAGAAACCUCGAAGACGUUCCGACAGUUCAGGAGGGUAUAAUCUGUCAGAUAUUAUCCAGAAUCCACCGACUACAGUUCAUGCAGUUCAUGCAGGAAUACUGAAACUGGAUAAAGCUAAUUCUAUUGAAUCCCUCCCUGAAAUGCUGACAUCUGAUUCUGAAGGCAGUUCUGUGGGAGUGAACAGUCCUAGAGAUUUGCAGUCGCCUGAUUUUACAGCAGGUCUCCCUACAGAUAAAAUUGAGGUGAAAGAGAAAAUGGGUAUUUCAAAUACGUUUGUUUCUCCUGCCAACAAAGAGUUAAAAAUCUGUCAUGGAUCAUCAGUGCAAAAACAUUCUCUUCCACAGAGUAUCCCUAAUAACAAAAGCACCUCUAUGAGUCCUUCCAACUGGGUUGCCGGCUCUUUUAGUCCUGCCAGUCCUCCUGCUGUUGAUUUAAGAACUAUUAUGGAAAGUGAAGAAAAUCUACAGAAAUGUGAAAGCAUGCCAAAAAUAAAUUUAUGUAGAGCCACUUCCCAAGGAAAUAAACUUUCUCAGAAGCAAAAGAAAUUGAUGGCUCUGGCUGCUAAGGAUAAUAACCCAGAGACUGUGCCCGAUGCAGUUGUGUUAUCUACAGCUCCCAAAACUACAAAGCCAGUGACUGUGUGGGCUUCUUCAUUGCAUUCUGCUUUGCCAAAAUCAUUCCGAGAUCUCCUGUUACAAGAGAAAAAAGUAGUUGGUGCCAGUUCUGCUAAAGCGAUGGAGAAUGUACCAGCGCAAAAAUGUUUGAGCAGGUACACAAAUACCAUUGCUCUUGGGGCAGAAAGUGAACAUUCUUGUGAACCAAUGCCAUCAGAGAAUCAGAAUCCUUGGUUAGCAUCACCCUUACGAAACCCGGCUGCAGCAUUGCCUAUCACAUUUGCAGAAAUUGUAGAAGAAGAACUUCAGCAAGAAGCUGCUCUUAUACGAAGUAGAGAAAAACCUUUAGCUUUGAUCCAGAUUGAAGAACGUGCUAUUCAGGAUUUGUUAAUCCACUACCAAGCAGUUGGCAACCCUGAUGAGUUUGUGGUUGUUGAAAGGUCUCCACAGGGGCCAAUUGCAGCUCCUAUGUGGAAUAAGCAUUGAUGCCCUCAUUUAAAAAAAAAAAUUCUACUGUUCAUAAAUGUGAGGCUAUUUGUUGUUUGCAUGGAUCUGCCGAUUCUAAAAUAAGAAUGAGGAUAGUAAGAUGUGUUACUGCUUUUCAGUAUAGUAUCUGUUUUGAAAUGUGCAAUUUCUUUAUCAAAUUGCUGUACUAUAUUGUGCUCAUUUACCAGAUGCUUUUUACUCACUAUUUGGAGUUGAAAGAUAUUGCAUAUGGGUAAACUUAAAGUACGCAGGUCAUAUAUUUCAUAUAAUUAGUUGUCAAUAAUAAGUACCAUGUUUUGAAUUACUUUUCCAGUUGGCAGCAAUUGAUUUCUCAUACUCAUGUAUACCUGUGAAAUUAAUGGGACUAAAAGUGAUCAACCUGAAUUUCAGAUUAUUUAAAAAUGCUUUUGUAUGUAAAAGGAAGAAAAAUAGUGCUGUUAUAGAAACGGGUAUUUGAUGUCUGUAUUUUUGUGGAUUUAUAGUCUUUGUUUUUUCUGGACAGUGCUCUUAACUCCAUGCCUUACGGGAAUGCAAGCGCUUACAUUGUUAUAAGAAUGAUGGUGUUGAUGAUGAUACUAUUUACUACUAGUACUUCUACUACUACUACUACUACUAUUACUACUUAUUUCUUCUGAAGCUAAUUUUCAGAUGAGGUCUUGCAAGAAGGGUGUACAGAAUGGGAUCUGAUAAAUACACAUGUUAACUUGAAAAAAUAUCUUUCAGAAAAGCUAAAAUCCAAGCGAAGUGUUAAAAGUUUGAAAGGAAAUCGGACAAUUUACUUAAGUGUUUCUCAAUCUCAAUAUCUUUUAGAUGUUUGGACUUCAGUUCCCACAAUUACCAAGCCAGCACAGGGAAUUCUGGGAGUUGAAGUUCGCACAUCUUAAAAGUUGCUGAUAUUGAGAAGCACUGCCUUUAGAUGUAUACAUAUAACAUUGAAUACUGGGUCUUCAAAGCCCUGAUUGCGGUGUGGUUUUUUGUUGUUCAAAAGCCUUUCUGCAAAGUCUAGAAAAUGAUGUAAAUUAUGUCUGAAGUUGGGAGAAGAGUGGGAUGAUUUCUUUCCAUUAUUUCAGAGUCUUCCAUAGUAACCUGUGGCCAAGUGGUCCCUUCUUGACCACUAAUGGUCCUUGGAAGAAAUAAUCUUUAUCCAUAAUCAUGUAAUUCUGUCUAAUGAUGUGUGAUUGAACCAUAAAAAUAACUCUGUCAACAGAGCUGCAAUAAAGAGCGAAGAGCAAGUUCCAACAGGCAAUCUCAAAACAGCAGUUCUUACCUUCUGUGCCAGUGUCAGAAAUUCUCCGUAUGUUCAUUGUACUUACACAGGAUCAUAAUGGGUAUAAAAUGAAUUUAAUUUCAUUUGCAUUUGCAAUUAAAGAGUCACCUUAAGAUUAGAAC